AUGUCUUUGGAGGACUUUGACGGUUUCUUGAGUCAAUCUUUUGUUGCUGAGAAAUUUGCCAAUGACCUUUUGUUGGCAACAAAUAACGUUGAUGACGAUAAUCUGGACAUUUUGACUUCACCUAAACGAUUGAGCUUCGAUAUAAAGGAGUUACAAGACUUACUAGCAAGAUUUGUUUCUUCAAAUAGCACACGCUUGGUCACACAGCUAUCGCACAUUUCUGAAUUAAAGAAGACACACGAGGGGUUGAAUGUUCGUCAAAUUAACUCAAGUUUCAAGCGAUUGAAAAACGACUUUAUAAUCCCCUACGACGACGCACUGAAAUUGUAUAGCGCUUUAAAAAGGAUUCAUGCCACAUCAAACCUUCUGAGGAAUGCAAGUUAUUAUGUUUUCCUGCUUCAACAACUGGAAUCCAUCUUCGACCAAAAUGAGUUUGAUAAACCUCCAUUUAAUGAUCUUGUCAAAUUUACACAAAUUUCCACCAAUUUAGAUCUUCACGUCCAAGAUGCUUCAAGUCUAAUGUCACUUCAAUUAGUGAAAGAUUAUCAACCAGUGCAUAGAAAACGAACAGUGUUUAUCGUAGAUAUUGCAUCUACACUUCUAUCUCAAAUUACAGCAGAUUCAUCCAAACAGAGUAUUGCUAAUAUAUGCUUCACGCUGGCCACUCUUGCCGAUAACAAUUUCCUAAAUUGUAUUCAGUCAUUAUUGGAUGACUAUACGUCCAAAUCCUCACAAGCAAUCGUUAAAACUCUGACCUCACCAAAAACCAUCGUGAGCAGUAUGGAGAAAGUGUCACAUCUUGCCAAAGCGAUAUACCAUCUUUCUAAAUACAUGCAGGAGACACCCUUUCCCAAAUUAUCACAAACUUAUGAUCAAUACUGCCAAGAGAAACUCAACUACAACAGCGACCUAUUUACGCAUUUCUGGAGGCAAGUAGCUUUGUUUAUCGGACCAAAAUUCAGAGAAACGAUUAGCAGAGGUGGUCCCGUAGCCAAGGCGUUGAAGAAAAGCUCUCAGCAAUACAAGCUGGCCUUAACUAAUGGAAUCAUUCAAUCUGGAGAUGAUAUUACCGAGAAUAGUAUUCCUGUUACAAUGAUGAUUAAUGCUAUUAGGGUAUUGAAUGGCUAA